AGCUGUGGAACAGGAAGGUUUUUUUUUCUGUUCGCUUCAGGCAGCGUCUCUGUAGUGGAAACAUUGCACGAGGAAGUUGACGCGGUUAGUGGUCAUCUGGAAGAGAAAUAAAGAGGACGGUGCCAUUGCUGGUAUAUGAAAUGGAGAUGAACCAGGCUGUUUUGGAGUGUGUAAAGCAGGAGUUUAAAUGUGAAGAGGAGGACACCUCCGGUGGCAGGAUUAAAGAAGAGGAUUGGGAGAAUACAACCGUGCAGAAUGGCCUGUUUUUCAUGAAUCCCACAGAGAAAGGAAAUGUGGUCAUUAAAAAAGAGGACGAAGAAUAUGUCAGUGUUAAAGAAGAGCCGGAGCAACAGUCUGAAGGGACUGAUUUAGAGAAACCUGAAAUAUUAAACAGAGUCAAGGAAGAGGACCUUAAAUCAGAGUCAUUCUUUUCAGAUGAAGCAGUAACAGGUUUAGGCUUCCCCCAAAAUGGACUAUGUUCACUACAAGAUCAUUCUGUCCAGGAGAAAACAGAAUCAUUGGAGCAGGACACGAAGAAGACAGAGAAAACGUCAUGUUCUGAAGAAUAUGGUGUCUCCCCAUCUUCAUUUGCUCAGAUGGAUCUUCAAGGCAUGCCAGAAAAGGUACUAAAUGUUGGAAAUAUGGGGCAACUGACAUCUGGAUCAGAAGAUUUCACACCAGUCGCCUUGCAGAAUAUCUCUCUGCCUGUUAUUAAGCUAACAAGGAUUGAGGAUGACAUUUCUCUGCAAGUUCACAAUACAAAUUCAGAGAGACUGGAUUUUUGCAGAAAUCAGCAAAUGACUUUUAAAGGCAAACAUAAUUCUAAACAUCAUAAGAGACGUGCUAAGAGUAAAAAGCCACACUGUUGCUCCAGAUGUGGCAAACAAUUCUCAGUCAAAAGCAGUCUUAAUAGACACUCUAGAAUCCAUACUGGAGAGAAGCCAUACUGCUGCUCUGAAUGUGGCAAACUAUUCUCCUUUAAAAGUGAUUUUCAAAGGCACAUCACAAUUCACACUGGAAAGAAGCGUCACUGCUGUACUGAAUGUGGUAAACGAUUUACUGACAGGCGCAGUCUUCACCACCACAGUAGUAUUCACACUGGAGAGAAGCCAUACUGCUGCUCAGAAUGCGGCAAACGAUUUAUUGACAGACGCAGUCUUCAGACACACACUAGAGCUCACACUGGAGAGAAGCCAUAUUCUUGUUCUAAAUGUGGUAAACGAUUUGCUCUCAAAGAAAGUCUUCCGAUCCACGCUAGAAUUCACACAGGUGAGAGGCCAUUCUGUUGUUCAGAAUGUGGCCAACAAUUCAUUUGCAAACGCGCCCUUCAGAAACACAGAAGAACACACAAUGGGGAGAAGCCAUGUGAAUGAGGCAAAUGGUUUUCACAUUCAGACAAUUUUGAUAUACAUGUAAGAGUUCUAUAUGUGCCAAGCAUUUCAUAAUUCAACUAAAAAUGUGCCAUUGAUCACAUUUAUUUCCUGUCAAGUUGUCUAAAUGUACCCAGGGCAAAGCUCAAGUCAACCUGGAAGCACUACCAUCUCUCUCUAAAACACUGUGCCAUGUGUUUUGGGAAUGUACUACAUUUACACCAUUUUGGACAAAAAUGUUAACACUUUUGUCAGACAGCUUUGGUGUCACAAUCACUUGUAAGCCAUUAACGGCUAUUUUUUGGUGUAGUCCAAGACUGAAUUAAAGUGCAUAGUUAUAAAUCGA